GCAUUUCUCGUAGCAUCUUAAUUUAAAUCCGUGUAAAUCAUAGAAAAAGUACAAUUAAUUCCAAAGAAGUACACCUAAAAGCAUUUGUCGCGUUAACAAUCACGAGGAAACGGAAAUCAAAUCGAAAAGGGAAUUUUACUAAAUCAAAGUAUGAAUAUGUUAUGCUUCAAAACUGGGUGAAGAGUGAAAAUCAUCUGUUACGUACACGAUACACAGAACAUACACAACUAUACGAGAGAAUCAGGAAAAAUAAAUCCUUCGUAAUUAAUUGGGAACGAUAAAAAAUCAAUUAAUACUGGAUCAAAUCAACUAUUCAGAAAAUCAUUCGCUUGGCGAUUUGAUUGCACACUUAAAACAUAAUAUGAGGAUAAACGGCUCAUCGCCUCAAUCCAGCAUGUCGAAGAUGGCAACGCCGAUAGUUGAAGAAAAGGUAGAUCAAAAUAUGAAGGUUCGCACGGGAAUGGUAAUGGUUAGCGAUGGCAAAUCCAAGCCAGAGCCAAUGCGUUUGCAUUUAUCAAUGGAAAUGAUUACGCUUCAAAAACAAGAAACAACAACACCGACAUCUUACUGUAAUGAUUCUUCCAAUAGUUUACCCGGCAAUAGUCAUUUACCAAUUGAAUCAAAAGAACGAAUGGUACAAAUAACAAGAGAAAAAGUAGGCGGCUUAGGACUUAGCAUCAAAGGGGGCGCAGAACAUAAACUACCAAUUUUAAUAUCACGAAUAUAUCCGGGUCAAGCAGCAGACCAAUGCGGAAAUUUGUUCGUUGGAGAUGCAAUUAUCAAAGUUAAUGGAGAAUACAUAACAGCUUGUCCCCAUGAUGAUGCUGUAAAUAUUUUACGAAAUGCCGGAGACUUGGUAGUUUUAACUGUCAAGCAUUAUAGAGCAGCGACACCCUUUUUACAGAAGCAAUUAUCACGAGAUACGCCUGAAUCGGAAAAGGACAAUGACAUUACUUGCGCAGAGCUAAAACUAGAUGAAUGUUUCCAAUCAGCUACACGUAAUAGUUUACAAAAUAAUUCCAGUAGGGGAUCGAUGUGUUCCGAAUCGGGAGAAUCAAGAUGGGUUGACGUUGUGUCAGUACCAUUAAUGAUGGCUUAUGUGACACGUUACAUGUACGGAACAGACAAAUUACGUUCAAAUGCCUUUGAAGUAAGAGGAAUCAAUGGAACUACAACCGGAGUAAUUCAUUGUGAUGAUUUAGCAAUUCUGAGUCAAUGGUUGAAAUACUUGAGUGACAAUGUGAUUGGACUAACAAGUUUACAGAUGAAGCUCUAUAACAGAAGCUUUUCUGUGGGAGAUCGUAUUGAAUACAUGGGAUGGGUCGCAGAAGGAGUCAUUAGUAACAAUAUAACGUGGCAAACAUACAAACCACGAUUUUUCGUAUUAAAGGGAACAGAAGUAAUGCUUUUUGACAAUCCCCCAUUGAACGUUUCCGGUUUGUCAAAGUCAAAUGUGGCAUAUAAAGUUUACCAAACAAUGUUCCGUAUUGUAAAAGAAUCAGAAACAGUUGAUUCGCGUCAACAUUGCUUCCUUUUACAAAGUUCUGGUUAUGAACCGAGAUAUUUGAGUGUUGAAACGAGACAGGAGCUAUUGAGAAUUGAGAAUAGUUGGAAUGCAGCUAUCGUUACAAGUGUAAUUAAAUUAGGACGUAAAACUUUUGCCGUGUCACAUCAAGGCAAAAGCGGAGGCCUAACCUUGGAUUGGCAAUCUGGAUUUGCAUUAACUGAAGGCUCGGAUGCUACAAUCAUAUGGCAAUAUAAAUUUUCACAGUUACGUGGCUCAAGUGAUGAUAGCAAAUCAAAAUUGAAGUUACAUUUUCAAGAUAAUGAAACACGUGCAAUCGAAACGAGGGAACUUGAAUGUCAAGUCUUGCAAAGCCUAUUAUUUUGCAUGCACGCAUUCUUGACAGCAAAAGUGGCUUCGGUUGAUCCUUCGUUCCUUAGUUCCAUACAACAGGCAUGAGAUAGCGGUAUCUUUCACAAUUUUUAGACCUUUAGCGAAAUAAUAAUCUUCAAAAUAUAUUAAAUAUAAUAUAAAUGAAUGAAUCUGCUUGAAAAAUCAAAUAUUUAUGAUUGUUUAUGAAAAAUGAAAAACAAAACCGAUAAUUUGAAUCCUAUUUUCUCCUUAAAAUAUACGUUUAAUGCACAAGACUGAUGAGAGACUUUAACAAAAAAAAUAUAAAAAAUAUCUUGUUUAAGAAUAAUUUUAAGAUUUAUAUUCUAUAGCUUGUAAAGAAAAAAAACUGUUAAAUCUCAUUAAUUAAUUGUUAAGUUUAAAAAAAAUUAUAUCCAACCGAAAUUUUGGACCGUUGAAGAUUUUUAUUGUUUCUUCGUUCAGAGAUCUAUAUUUUGGUUGAAGCGAAGCGAAAAGCAGAGCACGGAUUCUUGCGGUUAUUCUUUUGAAACUUACCUAAGUAUAUAAUAAAAAAAAAUAAAUAUAUUUAACUUUAAACAGAAAAAAACCCAACGUAAAAUAAAAUAUAUCAAAACUCUAUAAAAAAAAGAUGAAAAUUUUAAAGAAAAUAACAUUGGAAAAUGUUAGUACCUUAAAAAUAUGGUUGCAUCGUAGAUAUAGCUUUUGUUUUGUUACGAAUGUACAACUCCGUUAAUUGUUUCCAAAGUAGCUCUUAGGUACUAUAAAGAAUAAUUUUGGCAAUGUCAAAAUUCAUUAGUGUACUUACCCGUUUAAUCUUAUGAAAAGUUAAGCUUUUAUUGGAUUUAAAAAGCAUUUAAUUUAAACAAAUAUAUAUUCUAAUGAUGAUUAUAAUUCCUACCAAAGCUUACAAAAUAUAUUGUUAGAUGAAAAUAAUUUUUAUU